AUGUCCGUCUCUGCCAACAGCACCUCCCUCACCUCCGUGUCCGCGGAAACAUACACGGCCACGGCUAUCGUCAGGGCCAGCACCAGCGCCAGCACCCGCACCACGUCCUCGGCCUCGUCGUCCACAGCCUCCACCAUCACCCUCCUCGAGUGCGAGUACUCCCUCAAGCUGAACGGCAACGACAUCGGCAGCGCCGUGACCAAGUCGUGCUGCGCGAUGCUCAACGGCACGAUGUCUGGCGGCGAUUGCCGAUCGCUCGCCAUCGUGCAGAACCUCUGGACCGACUGCGUCUACAGCACCAGCAGCCAGGUGGAUCAAGGCUACCCCGGCGCCAGCUUUUGUACGUCGUACACGGCCAAAUCGAGCGCCAGUGUCCAGCGUGUGGCGUGGGGCAUGCUCGCUGUGGGUCUCGCGGCUGUCGUUAUUGCUGCCUAG